AACGUCACGAGUCCGAAAUCCUCCAUAGAAGUAGCCCGGGCAAGAGGACUGGAAGUGACUUGAACUAUUUGGAUUACACUGAGUAGCAUUCAUCUAGUUUUAUUAUUAUGCUUGUACGUUGUUAUUGGAGCUACGGGCCAGUUAGUUGUACUCCGAGGAGAGGGGGUGGGGGGGGGCCAGCAGCAGCAGCAGGUGCAUAUGGAUGGCGAUAAAACUCAAGGCAAACUCCGCUCUCUCCGCACGGCUUGAACAUCCGCGGGUCGAUAACAGAUUUCAGGAAUCGAGCUCAAACGACCUCUUGGAUUGGGGAAAAGGCUUAAGCAUGCUUUUCGCGGCUUUCCCGCUUCGAAUAUAGCAUGUUAAUCUCAGAGGGGGACGAAGAGCAGCAGCGUCUCGACACGUUUCUCCGCACGCAAACAUGGAGAAAGUGAACGCCAACUUGCCUCAACUAAAACUUUGACCGUGUUGUAAACUUUUGAGUUGUUCCGGGAGUAAAACACAACACGGCGGAUACAUGGUGAGACUAUAGCACGGAUUUUCAGGAUAUCACUGGAGCAGAAGAGGCGAUGGAGAAGAAGAACAAGGCGACUAACCGGACCCGCUCCGCCGACGGUAGAGCUAAAGACAGAGUGGACAGGGUGGAUCCGUACGGCUUUGAGCGUUCAGAGGACUUUGAUUAUGAGUCAUAUGAGGAGUUCAUGUCUGAGUAUCUAGUUGUGCUCACCCGGCGGUCCAUCAAGUGGUCCAGACUACUGAAGGGUAAAAGCAAGGUGCAGAAGAAUGUAAAAUUAAAGCGCUACGUGCGUAAGGGGAUUCCUAAUGAGCACCGGCCUCUGAUCUGGAUGGCAGCCAGUGGGGCUCAAGACCAGUUAGAGAAGAACCCAGGAUACUACCAGUCCCUGCUCAGAGCCCAGCACGACCCCAAACUAGUGGAGACCAUCUGCACAGACUUGAACAGAACAUUUCCAGACAACGUCCAAUUCCGCAAGACAUCAAACCCAUGUCUGCAGAAAGCUCUGUACAAUGUGCUGCUGGCUUAUGGUCACCACAAUCAAGCUGUAGGCUACUGCCAGGGGAUGAACUUCAUAGCUGGGUAUCUACUUAUCAUCACAAAAGAUGAAGAGAAAUCCUUCUGGCUGAUGGAUGCACUACUCAACAGAAUUUUACCAGACUACUACAGUCCAGCUAUGCUGGGGCUGAAGACGGACCAGGAGGUGUUAGGGGAGCUAGUGAAAAUUAAAAUCCCCAGAGUCUGGCAGACCAUGAUGGACCAUAACGUCAUGUGGACCCUAGUGGUCUCCAGAUGGUUCAUCUGCCUCUACAUAGACAUCUUACCGGUAGAGACAGUUCUGCGGAUUUGGGAUAGCCUGUUCUACGAGGGCUCGAAAAUCCUAUACCGUGUAGCUCUGACACUGAUCCAUCACAACCAGGCUCUGAUUCAACAGGCCCAAUCACUGCCAGACGUUUGCCAGAUCUUCAAGCAGAUCACCCAUGGACCAUUUGUUGACGAGUGCCACACAUUUAUGCAGAAAAUCUUCACCGAACCAGGAAGUCUUUCCAUGGCAACCUUGGCUAAACUCCGGGUGACAUGUCAAUCUCGUAUCGUUGCAGAAGAGUCAUGAGCCAAACCGACUCACCUGUUGUUCAAACCCAAUACACAUUCCACUGAGAAGAGCACCCAUCAGCUCGAUUGCACCUUUUUUAACUGAUUUCAUGUCACAAAAACUACAUGUAGUUUUUCCUUAAUCAUAUGUUGAGACAGCCAUACAAUCUAAAUGUAAAUAUAUAAUGAUAUGAGGAUAUUCUUAGUAAUGUGCUGUAUAAGCUGACGACUCCAUUUGAAAUUAACAUGUAGUUUAUUUUAAGUGAAUAUUUCCUUGUCUUAAAAUGUGGAAUUAUGCACUUUAUUUAAAAAAGUCAGAGACACUGAAGCGAACAGGCUUGGUAGCAAAUGGCCAGGUCAGAUUAAUCAUGUGUUGCACAAGGUUAACACAGCCCAGAUGAACCUGCCUACCGUUUUUCACAUUGCCGCCUCAGUAAUGAAUAUUAUAAAGACUAAUAACUUUUUCUUUUUUCCCCUCGGGUAAAUGGAUAGCAUGACAUACCAUGCUGGUGGAACAUGCUGUGGUAAUCCAAUGUGAAUUAUAGUUACUUCAUGACAGUACCGUCUUUAAACAAUUCAGUAUCUGAUGCCAUUAUUUCAAGUGCACUAUGGUGAAGCAAUAUAAGCACAACUUAAAGGGCUGCUCUCUUUUUUGUAACAAUGGUGUGUCAAGUUUAUUCUGUGUUUGGGUCUUGGGACCCUUUUAAACUGCCAUAGUGCUGAUAUCAGAUUUUGUUGCACUGGACAGAAAUAACCUUGGCGUUGAUCGCAGCCCUGAGUAUUCUGUGUACUGUACAACUGGUUGAACAGCUCUGUGUAAACACAGAUGUUUAUUUCUCACAAAAUUAGAUUAGAACAUUUCAUAAGAGUAACUGUUGCAGGAAAUACAAAAAAAAAAAAAAAAAA